UUUCCCUGCUUGCAAAUGCAGCUGCUUCCUGCUCAGCUCCUAUUUCUGACACACCUCCAACAAGUCUAAUCAAAAUCCAUAAUCUAGGUUUGAUCUGCCAGCGCAUUUCCAACCAUGCUGGGACUCGUCUCGCCUGCUCGCGUGCAAAUGGCUCCGGUGUCUUGCCAGGGAUGCAGGAGCGGUAGAAUUGCUCGAUGGAAUUCCAAUAGUUGCUCCGGAUUCGUCGCUGGGCGACGUGGCGUAGUAGAGCGAUCGGCCGCCAGAUGUCGGCGGCUGGCGGUGCGAGCAGGGCCGAACGAUGAGGCGUCAGUCACGCCACAAGAAACGGAGCAGCAACAACAGACGGAUACGGAGAAAGAAGAGCUGGCAGCAAAGCUAGCAGCGGCGGAGGCGGAGGCGGCGGCGCUGCGGCUGGAGUUGGAGCAGCGGCGGCUGGAGAAGGCGGGCAACCUGAUCCGCAUGAAGCCCAACAGCGACGUGUACAUCGAUGGCACGGGCGCACGGGAGACCAUCUUCCAAGGCCCUGUUGUUACUGGCAAGGAUGGCAAGAAGGGGGCCGUGCGGUCGUGGGGAUUCACUGAGACGGAGCUACUGAGUGCGCAGGAGGGGGAGGAGGGGGAGGGCGCGGGCGGAGGGAAGGACUCAGACGGCGUUGUCACAAGGCGGCUGCUCAUUGGUGCUGGCCUUGCUGUGUUGGCACUUCCCGUCGCUCUGUACGACAUCCCACUCACAGUGGCCCCUCCCACCAAGCCUCUCUUCUUCUACGUCGUGCCACUUGUCCGCCUGCAAUUGGCUCUCCAGGCGAUCGUAUCACAGGCAGACUCGCUCGAUGUUGUGGCGCUGCGCUCGCAGCUGCGCUUUGCAGUGGGCACUGUUGACAGCGUCCGAGAGAAUCUCGUCAGCGCCACUGUUCUCCUAGACGACAAGUCACAGCAGCCAGCAAAGGAGCUUGCAUUUGAGGUCAUUGACUAUCUGCAACAGGCAGACUUUGGUAAUUAUUUCGAGAACAUGGGUGCUCCGAGCACAUCACAGCAGCUGGAGUUCCUCUCAUUCAGCCUCAAAUCCAUCAAGGCGGCCAUCUCAAGAUUGGACAAGUUCUUUAAAUAUGUUCCCUCAGAGGUGGUGGAGGCAGCUAACCAGCAAGUCAAUCCAAGUUUCAACGUCGCUGAAGCUGAUGCAGAUGCAGAGCUGACUGUUCCAGAAGGGUCAACUAUUGUUACACAAACUGAUGAGCUAUAGCAGGCAGACAGGCAUAGAGCUACUGUUCACCGGUUUGUCAUAUUCUGAGCUAAUGAAGUGAGAGCUGGUGGAAGGAGUAAACCAGGGUCCUAAAUAGCAGACUUCUUUUUUCUGAUUGUCUGAUUUUCAGACUGGUUUUUAGGGGUUUCUCUGAUUUUUUAGACAGGGGCUUUCAAAAACUCUGAUUGGACUAGACAAACUUUUAAGUUUUCUCUGAAAUUUUCAGACUAGGUGUACC